AUACAUGGUGUAGGUGAAUGGUUAGAAAUUAUAGGUUUAGGACAAUAUGAAAACACUCUCAUAGCUAAUGGUUUUGAUGAUACAGACUUCUUGGGUUCUAAUAUAUUAGAAGAUAGUGAAAUAGAAGGUAUAGGUAUCAAAGAUAUGCUACAUAGAAAGAGAAUUUUAGAAUCAUCUAAAUUAUUACCUCCUCUUAAACCAAUAGACCAGAAUAAAUUACCCACCUCAGUUGAAGAUUGGUUGAAAUCUUUACGAUUAGAACAUUAUUAUGAUACGUUUAAAUCACAUGGCUAUGAUUCUAUGGAAAGAGUAGUCAAAUUAUGGGAGCUGGAACUCUCUACAGUAUUAGAUAUAAGUUCUGUUGGUCAUAGGAGACGUAUUUUAGCAUCAUUAGGUGAUAGACCAGCUAUUGAUAAAAAAGAAACCACUCUUCAAACGCCAGUAAACGAUGGAGAAGAUACACCUUCCCAGAAUUCAUUGGUUAUGACAGACGGUCAAGAUAGUGAUGAAAGUUCCAAACAGGUAUGUAGAAUUUUAUUCAUAUGCUCUGAAAUGAAUAGAGGUUCAAAGAGGAAUAACAUUUUCAAAACAGACGACUUGAAGGUAACAUUUCAUUUAAUAUGUUUUCAGAGUCAAAGCAUUAAAGACAGCACGAUUCAUAUACGCCCACCUCAUCUAGCUCAUACUACUGGUUCUAUUAGACACUGGAGACAUCGACCUGAAGUAUUAAUCAAAGGUUGCUGUAAUUAUACCUCUCAGUACUUGGGCUCAACUCUUGUUAAAGAAUUAAAUGGACCAGAAUCUACUCAAGCAGGAAUUGCCAAAUUAAAGUUGAUUUGUAUAUUUCUUCUCCAGAAAUCCAGUGAUGUCAUCGCCAAAAUUCCAACCAUAAUGUUAUCAAUAUCAUAUCGGGGAGUCAAAUUUAUCGAUGCCAAAUCCAAGAAAGUCAUCUGUGAUCAUGAAAUUGCCAAUAUAUUUUGUGCUUGUCAAGAUGCUGAACACUUGAAUUUCUUUGCCUAUAUAACUAAAGAUAGAGAAACAGCGAAACAUUAUUGUCAUGUUUUUAGUGUUCGAAGUUUGGAACUUGCUGGCGAGAUCAUACUGACAUUAGGUGAAGCGUUUGAAAUAGCUUAUCAAAUGGCAUUAAAGGAGAAG